AUGCUUCUAAAACUAUUCUCGACGACUCUCCUCCUCUCCCUCCACCUCGUAACUGCCCACGCUGACUGCUUCGACGCCCCAGCCGACCAACAAACAGACGCUUCCAAAAGCAAUAACAGCAGCGACACGAAUGCAAUGAUUGAAAUCCUAAAGGCCGUCGCACCAAGAUCAGCCAAGGAGCCUUGCGUCGACCUCAAAGAUGCAGCUGGCGAAUGUCGCAGCGCAUCGCAGGCGGCGGAACCUAUUCUGAAUUCAUUCAAGAGAUACAAGAUCGAAUCUCCCGCGGAGAAGGUAGCGCUGCUGAGUCUGAUGGCAUUCGAAACUGCGGAGUUUGCGUAUAGGCGGAACCAUUUCCCUGGGACGCCAGGGCAGGGGACUCGAAACAUGCAAAUGCCCGACAACAACGCCGUGUACGCCGACUCCCUUGAUGAAAUCAAAGAUGAGCUAGCCAAGGUCAAGGGCGACGUUGCCGCGGUCCUGGACCUGCUUCUCAAAAGCGACGACCACGACUUCGGCUCCGCGGCGUGGUUCAUGACCACCCAGUGCUCGCCUGCGGUGCGGAAGGGCCUUCAGUCCGGCUCCCAGGAAGGGUGGGAGGACUAUUUGACGAAAUGCAUCCGUUACGACGGUGACUCAGCAGAGACGGGACUAUUGGAAACUGGGCAAAGAAGGCGAUGA